ACAACUCUACCUAUGACUACUUUAAGCUCUUCCAAUAUGGAAACCACACAAAUUACAACUAAAGGAUCAACAUUGGACAAGCAAUCAGCAGAAGCGAUAACAACAACAUCAGCACGAACAUCCAUCCACUCCAACAAACUAAUGACUUCUUUAAGCUCUCCCAAGAUGGAAACCAUACAAAUUACAACUAAAAGAUCAGCAUUUGACAAGGGACCAGACGGAGGGAUGUCACUGAAUAUCUUUUCAUCGAACGCCCCUUUUUGGUAUCGGUUUAGCCUUUAUGCAGUUUUGGGAUGCGUGUCUGUGGUAAUAAUAGGCUUACUGAGUAUCUGUUGCAAAACCUGUUGGGCUGCCUUGGCGAAACGUGGUGAUGAUGAUGAUGAUGAAGAAGAACGAAAGAAAUACAAAGAAUACAACAACAGAAGGUUUAGGGCGCCACGAGUUAAACCUUUACGAGUGAUGACGAUGCAAAACAUCUGAUGCAUAUAUACUCGUAUAUACUGUUUUUAAAAGGACGAUGGAUAGAACAAUUUUAUGAAAG